AUGCAGGAGAUCGCUGACGACGCACGCGGCAGGUCACCAAUCCUCAUCGCAGGUGAUUUCAACGCAUGGUCCACAACAUGGGGCAGCGCUAGUACGACACAGCGGGGAACCAUCCUCCUUGAGGCGUUGGCUUCGUUAAAUGUUUGCCUACUCAACGAAGGGAACAGGCCAACCCUUAGCAAGUCAGACCAGGAAUCGAUUAUUGAUUUGACCUUCGCCAGCCCAGAACUGGCACGUAACUGCGCAUGGAGGGUGUCAGACAUCUACAAUCACAGCGACCACGCGCUGAUCAUCACCCAGACAAGACCCAGAUUGGCCUCCCCUACCAGUCGCCUAACGUCCUACAAAGCCCAUACCCUUAACACAGUGGCCCUCCUAGCACUCAUGGAAGGCGUCUGCGUUACAGGAGACGCUAAUACCUGCGCGAAGAACUUAGCCGAUAGAGUUAAGGCGGCGUGUGAUGCCUCCAUGGAAAAAGCCACGAAAGGUGGUAAUGGGCGUAGACCAGUUCCGUGGUGGAACGAGGAGAUAAACGGAGCGAGGAGAGACUGCCUUGCGGCCCGACGCAGGUGUCAGAGAAGCAGAGGACGCGAAAACCAAAAGCUGAGCGAAGCAACCUAUAGGGCCAAGAGAAAGGUGCUGAAAAACGCGAUCAAAGCCAGCAAGGCCAGAUGCUUCCAGGAGCUGUGCGAAGCUGCGGAUGCAGAACCAUUCGGGUCAGCAUACAGGAUGGUCAUGGGUAAGCUCAACAGGCAGCCGACCCCUACUAACCAGUUGCAGCUUGGCAACAAAGUGGCUACUUUGUUUCCCACACAGCCGCCCCUUACCUGGCAAGCAAGCGGAUUAGGCGAUACCGUACUCACUAGCGAAGCCGAAGUACUGGCAGCACUAAGGAAAACCAAGGCUGGGAAAGCCCCUGGUCCGGAUGGCAUUCCCAAUGCUGCGCUGCACACAAUAGUGGCAGCUUACCCGGGUAUAUUCACGGAAAUGUAUAACAAGUGUAUCAUCCAAGGUUCGUUGGAUGAACAGGAUGGAAGCGGAAGAGAUUAG